GCUUUGAUCCUGAGCAGCGCUCCUCUACACUCGUUACCUUACCGUUCUCGUUCGCAACUGCGAUACGCUCACUCGUUCGUGUGUCCAGUUCGAUUUCAAACCAAGUCGUUCAUUCCCACUCAGCCUGCAUCCGCUGAUUCCCUGCGCAUCCGCUCAUCUCCGCAUCGCAAUCCAAAAGACAAGACCACUCCGUCCUUCAAGACCGAUUUUCUAUUCUCCGUUCAAUCACCGCUUCACGCAUCCUCAAAAUGAAGCUCGCUACUAUCGUCUCGACCAUCCUCUGCUUGGGCGCGGCCCAGUUCGCCGCUGCUGACGAGACUCAGACGUCGACUUUGACCACUACUAUCACCAAGACGCUGGUGCGAGUCAACGCCAUCACUCCUACGGCGACGCCUACUUCGUCGUCUGCGCUCUUCCACACGAGCACCCCGGUCGCCAGCAGCACUCUGGUCUCCAGCACGACCGCGGCCGCCACCACCGUUGCCCCCUCGACCGAGCCCACCCACACUGGCGCUGCGGCGAGCUUGGGAGGCAACAUGCACGUUGCUCUGGCUGGCGGUGCCGUUGCUCUGCUCUUCGGCGCUCUGUAAGCGACGCGAUUCGAUAUACACUCCGGCAAUGACUCCUCGACGCAUCCGCGAACCAUCAAUAUAAGCAGUGGAGGGCUGCUGAUCAAAACGACUUCUUUCAACCUACUCUUCUCGUUUAUACUUUUUGACUAUUAUUUUCCCAUUUAUACCUUCUUAUAUCCCUUCCGUUGACCUUGGAUCCUUUUCGAGGGCUACGCGGGACGGACGUGUUAUGGAUUCUAUACCCCCUAUUUACGAUUACGAUUUCACGGUGCUCAGUUUAUUCGCUUCUUAUCGUUCUGGUUGGUGAGCCGAUGACGGGAUCCGGCCGGGUUCUUUGCGACGUUGCACAUCGCUUGUAUAUAGGUCGAUCUCCGAAUCCAUUGCAGUCAGCGCUGGUCUGAAACU